UUAAAAAAAGUUAGCUAAAAAAAAUAACAAAAACAAAAAACAAAAACAAAACAGCAUUACCCAUAAACCAUCACGAUGACGUAGCAAACGACAGACGUCAAGAUGGUGCUCGAGAGUACUAUGGUCUGUGUGGACAACAGUGAGUACAUGCGCAAUGGAGACUUUCUGCCCACUAGGCUACAGGCUCAGCAGGAUGCAGUUAAUAUUGUUUGUCACACCAAGACCCGCAGCAACCCUGAAAACAAUGUGGGACUCAUCACUAUGGCAAACAAUUGUGAGGUGCUGACUACAUUGACUCCAGACACGGGCAGGAUAUUGUCCAAGCUCCACGCUGUGCAGCCUCGUGGGAACAUCAGCUUCUGCACCGGCAUCAGGGUAGCACAUUUGGCGCUGAAGCAUAGACAAAGCAAAAACCACAAGAUGCGCAUUAUUGCAUUUGUUGGCAGCCCAGUGGAGGACAACGAAAAAGACCUGGUCAAAAUGGCAAAGCGUCUAAAGAAGGAAAAGGUCAACGUGGAUGUCAUAAACUUUGGAGAGGAGGAGAUGAACACAGAGAAGUUGACAGCCUUCAUCAACACACUGAAUGGCAAGGAGGGCGCAGGCUCCCAUCUGGUCACAGUGCCUCCAGGCCCCAGUCUGGCUGAUGCCCUGCUGUCUUCACCCAUCCUGGCUGGAGAGGGAGGUGCGGUGUUGGGCCUGGGUGCCAGUGACUUUGAGUUUGGAGUGGAUCCCAGUGCAGACCCAGAGCUGGCUCUGGCUCUGCGAGUGUCUAUGGAGGAGCAGAGACAACGACAGGAGGAUGAAGCCCGCAGAGCUGCUGUUGCAUCAGCUGCUGAAGCUGGCAUUUCCUCCCCUGCUGCAGAUGAGACUGAGGAUGCCCUGUUGAAGAUGUCUGUUCCCCAUACAGACUCAUCCACACCGGCUCUACCCGACUUCAGUCGCAUGACAGAAGAUGAACAGAUCGCCUACGCUCUGCAGAUGUCCAUGCAGGGAGCAGGAGCAGAUUUUGGAGCUGAGGACAUGGACACUGAAGCUGACAUGGACUCCAAUAAGGCUAAGGAUGACGAGGACUACGAUGUUAUGCAGGAUCCAGACUUCCUGCAGAGCGUCCUGGAAAACCUUCCCGGAGUCGACCCUAACAAUGAGGCCAUCCGUAAUGCUAUGGGAUCACUGGCUUCACAGACGGGCUCUAAACCCGACACCAAGAAGGAUGAGGAGAAAAAGAAAUGAAUACCCAAAGAGAGGAACUUAAUAUAUGAUAAAUAAAAAAAGACCAGAGAAUUACGCUGCAUGUGUUAUUCACGGUGACGGUAUUACUCUCCUCCAUACAGGAACAGUUAUGUUCUUUUUUUUUGUUUUUGUUUAUGUGGCUGUGUAAUCUGUCAGCAACCUUUGCCUUUGUUUCCACUUGAGCUUAUAGGUCUAUUCUGAUUUCAUUUUUUUUCUGUGUGUGUGUGUGUCAAGGAUAUGCUUUUGAAUCUUUUGUAAUACAACACUCAACAUUUCCUCAAUAAAUUUACAAAAUACA